GAAAGCUGUGUGAGUCCGUCCUUCCCCACAGAAGGCCAAGAGCACUCCAGCGUUCUUCAGAACAGCGUGUUCCUGUACCCUGGUCGAGGUGUGUCCUGUGGAGAGAGCGUUGACGUUACCAAAUGGGUUCUUUACCGGCGUCUCAGUGACUGCAGUUAAUGGCCAUGAGCUCUGCAGUGUGAACACACACGUGGCUGGGUCUGAGCCUUUACGGAUCAGGGACUUAUGGGCUGGAUGUCAUGACUGUGGGGUGUAUCAGCUGUCACACUCGCUAGCUGCAUGUGUUCUAAAGGCUGCAAGGAUGGCCAGGGGCACUUAGAUGGUGUUAAAGCACGGAUGGGAAUGGCUGAGCUUUAUGGCUCUUUGAGUAAGACACGUUCAAGUUACUAUGUGGGCAAGCUGCUGCAAUUGGUUUUGUCUGGAUGGCUCACCUGAAGAGAUGCAGCCACAGCCAGGAGCCAGAGCCCAAGCCUAUUCCAACCCUGGGUACAGCUCCUACCCGUCUCCCACUGCUUCUGAACAGAGCUGCAAAGCCUGUGGGGUGCACUUCGACAGCUCCUCCAGGAAGCACAUCUGCUUGGAUUGUAAGAAGAAUUUUUGUACAUCCUGCUCAGCCCAGCCUGAAGGAGGGCCCCUCCUCUGCCACCUCUGCCAGAGGUUCCGAGCCACAGCCUUUCAGCGGGAGGAGUUGAUAAAGAUGAAGGUGAAGGACCUGCGAGACUACCUGGCGCUGCGUGAGAUAUCCACAGAGCUGUGUCGGGAAAAGGAGGACCUGGUAGUUCUGAUUCUUGGCCAGCAGCCUGUAAUUACCCAGGAAGAUCAGCUAAGAACACAUCCAUUUCAUACUAGUGCCUCUGGACAGCAAGACUUUGUGAUUCUCCCACCAACCAGCAUAGCAUCCUCUACCUCACAUGACGCGUCUCCAGUGUCUGCUGACCCCAUCUCAAGUUCACUCCCUCAGGAACACCAACAGGCAAAUGGUUAUGUGCCUCCAAGCCAGGUUGCUAUGACAGGAGUUGAGAGUGCAGCAGAAGCAGCGGCAGAGGAGGAGACGCAGUCUACUGACUCAGAAGAUAACCUGGUGCAGGGGAGGAAGGCCUCUCUUUCUGACCUGACAAGCAUCGGGGACAUCGACGCCCUCUCUGUGCGCCAGCUCAAGGAGAUCCUCGCCCGCAACUUUGUCAACUACAAAGGCUGCUGUGAAAAGUGGGAGCUGCUAGAGAGGGUCACUAGGCUUUAUAAAGAGAAAGACCUUCAACAUCUAGUUUCUGACACUGAUGAUCAAACUGGCGGCGCCGGGCCCCCGGGGGCUGAGGAGAACCUCUGCAAGAUCUGCAUGGACGCUGCCAUCGACUGUGUCCUGCUGGAGUGCGGCCACAUGGUCACCUGCACCAAGUGCGGGAAGCGGAUGAGCGAGUGCCCCAUCUGCAGGCAGUACGUGAUACGGGCUGUGCACGUCUUUAAGUCCUAAGUGAGGGGAAGGACGGACUGGUGAUGCCUUAAAGCCUCAUCUGCUGUUAGAGAAACUGUCACAAUCCCUACAUUUAGGUCAGAGAUGAGCCCGUGGACCCCCCGGGCAGCAGGGCCAGGGGAAGCCUGGGGAGAAUGGUCCCUGCUCAAGCUGUGCCUGGCCGUGCUCUCCCCACUGCAGCGCUUUACACCGCCGUGCCUGGGCUCACUGGAGCUUUUUGCCAGCAGCAGACAUGGCAAUCAUUAACAAGCAACAUUCUGGAGUAACCUGAUCCACUGGGGAAUCGAUGGCUGCUUGGCUUUCCACCACAAAGAUCAGCUUCAGAGGCUUCGGAUGUUCCCCUGCAGAGUAAAUACAAGUGGGCUGUGGGCUCACCAGGUGUCAUUUGGUUGCCUGCUUGGGUCAUACACCCAGCUACUGCAGUUUCAAAGAUUAAAACUUCACUGUGUCUGGGGGUUUUUGGGUGGUUUUUUUGGUUGUUGUGUUGGUUUGGUUCUGUAAAUGAACGUGAAGUUCUCCCUCCUGCAGGCCAGGCAGCCAGGCGCCCAUGCCAGGGUCAGAAACCAGCAAGUUCCACCCUGAAGCAACUGUGGAAAAGCAGAAUUUUCUUUGCAGAUGGCCUUUGUGUGAUUGGAUGAUGGCAGGGGAGUGAGUGAGGCUCUGAAACACCCAGGCUGACCUGGGGGUGUGUGGGGUUCUGUUUACACAGCAGUGAGAGGGAGGUUUGCAGUGCAGCUGCCAUCCAUUCCUUUGACUAGCACAGGCUUCCUCUCAGUCUGUGCCAGCAACUGCUCUCAAACUGAACUGACUUCACUGGAGUGAGGAGCUACAGAGCUAAGGCUUGAGUCUGUGAGAGGGUUCAAAGAGGAAAAGGUACAGCCAGAGAAGUUUCCAUUGCUACACAAUCAUAUUUAAGUACAGGCAACUUCUUGUUAGCAGAGGGGAGCCAUGACAGCAGGCAACCUUCAGCUCAGCAGGACGACUGAUGGUCACUGCAGAUGCUUCUGUUUACUAACCAGCUUCCCCCCUCAGCCCCUUUUGCUCAGUGUUACAGUCCAGUUACACUCCAACUGCUUAUCAAAAGCGAUUUGUUUCCUUUCUGCCUGUGAGGGGGGCUGGGAGAGUGUGUGGUGCAAGUCCUGGGAGCUGUCCUUGUGAGCAGAGGCUCAGCUGGAAGCCUUGCUGGAAGAAAUUCUAACUAACUGGCACCUUUGUCCUGUUCAGUCCAUUGGGCUGGUAACAGAGCUGAGUUCCAGAAUCUUGAUGCCUGAAGUUGUGAGUCCCCAUGGCCUGUACAGCCACUUGUGGAGUCAGGUACCUUCUGCUGCAGGAUUUUGCCCCCAUCUGCCUUUCCCUUCUCUGGAGGUGUUCAAACUGAAUCUCUGGGUGGCGGCCAGCAGAGGAACAGUGUCAAAAACAAGUCUCCCCUCAGAGCUGCUGGAGCAGGGGCUGGGCAGCUGCAGCAGCCCUCACCACAGCCCUCACCCACAACAGCAAAGGAAGCUCCUGGCAGCUCUGACAUGGAAUAUGGCACAAGUAGCAACUUGCUUGUCCAGUGGCCUGGAGCAGAGGAGCUCUGCUCUGCAUGUGGGCAUCAACAAAGCACUUCAGGUGAUAGAGCUGGCACUCAGGAGGGAGCAGAACUGCUGUGCUGCUGCUGAGGUGACCUCAGAGCUCCACAAAACACAACAGCUGCUGAGGUUUACUGAAGUAAAAAUGCAGAGUUUUGCCUCUUUCCCAUUCAGGUUCUUCCCUCAGCUUUGCCUUAAGGUUUAACAGCUUCCAGCAUGAGCAGAGUACUGGUGCCAUUCAGUGCAUCAAGUUAGAACAGAGCAGGUAAGCAGUGACUGUUUACUCUCCAGGAGGUUCCCAGGGACCUCUGAGAGCUACAGGAAUUCACACACCAAGUGUUGGGCAGCCUCCUUCUGCAAGUUCACUGUGAAAUGCUGUGAUGUCAUCUUUCUCAAUAAACUCAGGGCUGGGGGAAUUUAGCAGGAAGAUCAUUAUCCCCCUGGGGCCAGAUGGGCCUGUAGGGGUAGGCUUAUUUUCUCUGGCAGAUAACCCAAGUUGCAGAUCAGUAUCUGCAAUUUCAGGACCAAGAGGCUUUACCCACCCUGUCACUCUGAAAUGAGCUUUCUUCCUUUUGUGUUUCUUCUCCUUGAAUUCUCUACUUUUGGAUAUGAUUUGAGUUGGGUUUUUUUUUAAAGGAAAAUCAAAAUCUGGAUGAAAACUCAUUAAUGAUGCAAAGGAUAUAAUGAUCUGAGCUAAUAAACAAAUAUUUAUGUGCUUUCUGUACACUGAACAUAGUUUAAAUAUUUGAGAAGUUAAUAUUCCACUUGGAAGAGCAUCUUCUUCUCCAUUAAAUCCUCUUGGUACUUACUAGUUUUGGUACAGAAGUCUGGUUUAUAAUUUUGUAAUAAAGCUGCAAUGUGAUUGAGCUGA